GGCUCGGGCUGGAGAAGUCUCCAGUCAGAGGCAUGGAGUGUCCUCAGUGCCAGCAUGUCUCCCAGGAGGAGGCCCCCAAGUUCUGCAGCCAGUGUGGAMAGAGGCUGCCUCCUGCAACCCCCAGACCAGAGUCUGAGAACGACAGCUCCUUGGUGGCCCCGGCCCUGGAGGAAGAGAUGGAGUGUGGAAAAGUGCYGAAAGAAAAUGGGGACCUGCACUUGUCCCCAGGCUCCAGCGAUCGCCAGGAAAAUGCAGCUGAGCCCAGUUGUGACGACGGGACCUGGACUGUCCAAAGAAGCAAAAGGAAGAAAAAGAAGAAGAACCAGGAUCCCUCUGCUUCCUCGGAGCCAAGUUCCUUGGCCCUGUCUCCCUCCAUUCCCCAGAGUCCCGACUCGCCUUCACACCCUGGGUCUCAGGACACAGCCCUGGACCAAAGYCAAGCCCAGCAGGGACAGACUGCCCAGGGAAAGGGUGCAGAGGAGGCUCAGAACAGCCCAGUGCUCCAGGACCACUCUGAAGGAAAGGACCCCCACACCGCCGCGUCCUCUGGGGAUAGAGGCCCCUCCCAGGARGAGUCUGACCCACCCACCUCUGCCUUCGAAGCCCACCCCAAGGCUGAAGGUGCUGCCCAAGGGCUCCCACUGCCCGAGUCCCAGGGGGACUCUAAGCCUCAGAAGGAAGCCCAGAGGGCCAGGCAGCAGGCGGGGGUCCCAGCCUCUGGGGAAGGUGAGACCAGGGACAGGUUGGCUGCUCCUGGAAGAAAGGCAGGCGAAAAYAGCUCAGAGCCCACAGACCCUAGGAAACCGGAAGGGAGUGACAGAAAUUACGCAGCUGCUGUGAAAAAGGAGAAGGAGCAGAAGAACCAGAAGGCCAGCGAGCAGGCCGGGCCCCCCAGCUUGCUGAGCCCCGAGGAGGGGGUCACCGUGUACUUCCACGCCAUCAUCUCCAAGCACUUCGCCUUCGACCCCGAGCUGCACACCGUGUUCAUCAGGGGAGGAGAGGAGCUCGGACGUCCCGGGUGGAGUGACGCUUGCGAGAUGUUCUACGUCGAGGACUUGCGGGAGAACGGGUCCCUCAUCGAGGGCAGCAUUGUCAUUCCCCGGGGGAGCCUGGACAGAGAUAUCCCUUACAAGUACGUCCUGCACCGCGGCCCCAACCAGGCGGAGUACGAGUACAUCUACAAGCAGCCGCAGAGGGCGGGCGAGCACGUGAACCGCUGCCURUGCAUCAAGUCCUCCCUCGUGCGCUCUGGAGAUUGGCAUCAGUAUGAUGACAUAAUCUGCAUGAAGCCUCCUGGGAAAUUACAGAAAUUACAGAACUUCUUCAAUGAUAAGACGAAGAAAGAUCUGGUGAAGGGCAAGCAGAUGGUGGCCGAGAUCAUGCUGGGCCGCAUCUUCAGCAUCCUCCAGACCUGGAACCCCAUCAACCUGAAGAACUUCUUCACGCAGUUCCAGCAGUUUUAUUCUGUUGUCCGAGUGCCCAUGAUUUACGAGGGGAAAGCACAGCCCUGGCUUAGCCUGGGCCUCGGAGAGUCAGAGGUGAAGAAGCACCUGUGGAAGUAUUUGAAAAAGCAGAUAGGACCGUUUCUGGAAGGGAAGAGUGGGGACGCCCUGCCUGAAAGCUGCCCUGUGAGGAGCAGGCUGAGGAUGGGCCUGGUGGUCCUUUUCCUGGUGGAAGAUGUCAAACUCUACUUAUCGGAGGGUGACCUGACCUCACUGUGCUCCAUCCUCUGCCCCAGCACCUGCUCCCCAGACACCCUGCACAGCGACCUCAGCCACAUCCUAGGCACAUCGGAGAGAUGGCGAGAGUACUUGGUCAACCUGUGCCAAAGGUGCAUGAACGCCAAGGUCAUCGACUGGCUGGGCAUCCUCCCYGUCCUGCACUACUGUAUGCGGCUGGCGCCCCCCAGGAAGGACUUUGUGAGUCAGCCCGAGGACACAUGGGCUGCCCUYGAGGGAAUCUCCUUCUCACAGUUUCAGAAAAAAAUGCCAAAUGAGAACCAGUUUCUUAGCUUCAUGGAGAGCAGGAAGCAGCUGCUGUGUGUGGAUGAGUACCUCUUUCGAUCCUGGUUCACUUUGCUGCCUCUGGGAAGCCUGGUUCCCUAUAUGGAAAACUCCACGGAAUACUUGAGUCUCGUGCCUGCUCGGGUCCUCGACUGUUUCCUAGGGACUCGCUACAGGCUGCAAGGGCUUCAGGAGAUCUCUUACCAAAACGUGGAGGAUGUCGAGCGUGUUUUCAAUAUGCUGAUCCACCUCGUGGACAUCUACCAGGACAUGAUUCUGGAGAAGACAUCAUUAGAGUCCUAUUUGACCGUGUGCCUGAAGCUUCAUGAAGCUGUCUGCAAGAUCACCAAAACCCCGAAGUACUUUGAGAUCCCCGCCUUGUCUGCCUGUGUCAUUGUCAGAGUCCUUGGACUUGGUCCUGCUGUGGACAUGGCAGAGGACCCAGGAGCUGCAGCCUGGAAGCGCUCAGUGACAAGUGUCCUGCAGAGUGUCCUGGCCACCACUAGAUCCUGGCUACGCGGGGUGUUUGUGAAGAGCAUGUUCCUGAAACGCUCAAGUGUCCAGUUCUCGUAUCCCGAGGAGAUCCAGGUCUGGCGGCGGCUGGUGGGAAUAAACUUUCCUGCAGAGUGUGGCUGGAAGGAAUCGCUGCUGGGCGACAUGGAAGGGAGGCUCAAGCAGGAGCGGCCUGUCUUCCAGAUCUCUGUCUUCUGCAGCACUCUCUGGGAUGCAGCUGGCCUCCGGGACAGUGUGGCCAGGAGGUUUGAGAAGUGUGUCAUGGAAGCUGUGAGCUCUGCCUGCCAGUCUCAGACCAGUGUCCUGGAGGGAAUCUCUUGUCAUGAUUUGCAGAAAUUUGGCAGCCUUGUGUCUGCCGUGAUCACCAAGUCCUGGCCCAGGAACAAUGGAGAGGCCGUGGACGACCUGGAUGAGAUUCUUAAACACCUGCUCACGGGGCCAGAUGUGAAGCAGCUCUUCAAGUUGUAUGGGACGGAUGAGAAGCUGUUAGACAACCUCACAGAGGACGCCAAGAGGUUGAUGGCUGCUGCCAACUCUGUCUUCAUGAAGGUUGCUGGUGACGUCCUGGAUGGGUCCAUAUUGAUCGGACACUUGGAGCUGAUCCUAAAGCACAAAACCCAGUUUCUGGACCUGUGGCAGUUAGAGAAAAAGAGUUUUUCAUUCCAAGAGGGAAAAUGUGACAUGAAAGAGACCCUGGACUGGAGGAUGGGAGAAGUCGUGUUUCUGAAGAGAGAGAAGAGACAGGUGGACAGCCUCCUGAGGCUGUGUGGGAAGGUGAAGCACCUCGUCCAAGUGGAUUUUGGAGAGAUUGAAGCAAUACACUCAGAAGACCUGAACCUCAAAAGACUGAAUGAUGCCAUAAUAGUGAGCCAGCCAUCGUCCUUGGCCUUCAAGCAAAUGACGCACUACAACCUGGAUUUCAGAGCCCAGGAAAUAGCUGAAAGGAUAGACUCGCUGAUAGACAGCCACAUCUUCCAGGUUUUCUGGGAAGAAGCUGCAGAAUCAUUGAGUCAUCCCAAAGGGAGAUCUGAAAGGCCAACCCUUGAACUUCUAGAAGCCUAUGAGUACUUGUACUUGCCUUGUUACCAGAGGUUCAUGAAACUGUAUCAGGAUCUGAAGUCAGGAGAGGUCACCUUUGCAGAAAUYGAUGUCAUCUUCAAGGACUUUGUAGAUAAAUACAAUGACCUGRCUUCAGACCUCCAGAUUAUGUGUAGAGUAGACCCCCAGGCCCAGAGAGGCUGGAUCUCGGAGCGCGUGGAGCAGAUCAAGGAGUACCAUAGCCUGCACCAGGCCAUCAGCUCGGCCAAGGUCAUCUUGGAUGUCAAAAAUAAUUUUGGAUUGACUGGCGACUUCAGUGUUCUUUACACUUUAGUAAACUUUAUUGAUGACUUUGAGGCCACUCGCCAUGAGAGACUGGACCAGAUCAGCCCGCAGCUCAUCCGGGCUAAGAAGCGGCUGCAGGACAUCAGUGAGCCCCGCCGCCAGUGUCUGCAGGAACUGGCUCUGCAGAAGGAGCUGGUCGGCUGGCUGCACGAGGCGCUGGGAGGCAUCACCGAGCUCAAGGUGUUUGUGGACCUGGCCUCCAUCUCGGCUGGAGAGAGUGACAUUGACGUGGACCGGGUGGCCUGCCUGCACGAUGCUGUGCAGGGCUACGCGUCCCUGCUGUACAAGCUGGACAAGAAGGCCGGCUUCAGCGAGUUCAUGGAGCUGCUGAAGGAGCUGUGGAAGGCUCUGAAAAACGACCCCCACCUGCCCAGCAAGCUGCGAGACUCUGCCAGGAAUCUGGGGUGGCUGAAGACCGUGAAGGAAAGCCACGGGUCCAUCGAGCUCUCUUCCCUGUCCCUGGCUACCGCCAUCAAUAGCAGAGGCAUCUAUGAGAUCAGGGCACCCACAAGUGACCAGAAGAUCUCAUCAGAUGCUGUCCUGCGCCUGAUCCUCCCUGGGGGUCACAGUGGCCUGGAGCCAGAGCGCUCCUACACUUUGGAAGACCUGAAGGAUCUUUUAAACAAGCUGAUGCUGAUGUCUGGCAAGAAAGACCACAAGAAUAUGGAAGUAGAAAAGUUCUCUGAGGUAUUCUGCCACGUGCAGAGGCUCACGCAGGCCUUCCUGAACCUGUACUCUGCGGGGAACAUGCUGUUCCGGACCUGGACUGCCGAGGUCUACUGCUGCCCCAGGAACGGCGUCUCCAUCCGCAUAGACUUCCACUUGGAGUUGGUGAGCCAGCUGACAGAGAGUGGGGACGUCCCCCAGCUCCUGGAAGCCCUCUGCAGGCAGAUGGAGCGCUUCCUGGAUGACUGGAAGGAGCUGGUGAGCAGGAAGCGCAGGGAGCACUUCUACCUCAACUUCUACACGGCCGAGCAGCUGGUCCUCCUGAGCACCGAGCUCCGGAAGCGGAGUCCCAGCGCAGCUGCCCUCAUGAUGCUGUCCUUCAUCAAAGACCACUGCACCCCAGCUGACAUCUUAAGAGCCACCGAGGGGUUCAGUGAGGCCCCCAGACACCGCGUGAGGACAGUGAUGGAAAAGUUACCUCCRUUGCAGUCCUCUGAGAUCAGCCUGGUGACCAAGCUGAGGGCCAUCAUGGAAGAGUCCCUGGAGAGCAUGAGUGUCUUUCUGCCUGGCUGCCUGGACCUGGAGGCCCUGGGCCAUUGUCUGGCUCGCCUGGCCAGGAUGGGUAGGCCUCCUGUGGAGCGGUCUCUCCCCGUGGGUCUGCAGGCUGGCCAGCCCAACCUGGUCUUGUGUGGCCACUCUGAGGUGCUGUUGGCUGCCCUGGCCAUCUACAUGCAGGCCCCGGGCCAGCCCCUGCCCACUUUUGAUGAGGUGCUGCUCUGUACCCCGGGGACCACAUUAGAAGAGGUGGCCCUGCUCCUGCGCCGCUGCCUGGCCCCGGUUUCCCAGGGGCACAAGGUCUACAGCCUGCUGUUUGCGGAUCAGCUGAGCUAUGAGGUGGCCUGCCAGGCGGAGGCCCUCUUCCGCAGCCUGUGCACACAGUGUCCCCGGGAGGACUACCAGCUGGUGCUGGUUUGCGACGCUGCCCAGGAGCGCUGCUACCUGCCCUCGGCCUUCAGCCAGCACAAGGCCCACCUCAUCCCCCAGGCCUCGUCCCUCCAUGCCAUCCAGGAUUACCUGGCACGUCACUACCAGGUCCCAGCACAGACCCUGUCGGCAGCAGCUGUGUUCAGAGACCGGAUGUGUGUGGGGAUCGUGUCCUCGGAGAGAGCGGGAGUUGGGAAAUCUCUCUAUGUGAAGAGACUGCAUGAGAAACUGAAAAGGAAGUUAAACAGCAAAAAGGUGCCUUUAAAGAUCAUCCGGUUGACAGAGGCUCAGGUGGAUGAGAGCUGUGUCCUGGGCUCCCUCCUGCCUUUCCUGGAUGCUCAGUACCAGAAAGCACCCAUGCUGUUCCACUUGGAUGUGACUGCUUCGGUACAGACUGGAACUUGGGUCUUUCUUUUCAAACUCCUCAUUUUACAAUACCUGAUGGAUAUAAGUGGGAAAAUGUGGCUUCGGAACCCGCGCCAUUUAUAUAUCCUUGAAAUUCCAGAAGGAAAUUCAGGACUGCUAAAGCRGUCUUUAAAGCUGAAUCCACAUGCCCCCAAGUUCAGUUUUCUUGACAUAUUCCCCAAAGUCACCUGCAGACCUCCCAAAGAAGUGAUAGACAUGGAGCUGAGCCCUGAGAGGAGCUUCCUGGAGCCUGGAAUGGACAGGAACGAGUUCCGCAGUGCCACUUUCCAAAGACCUUUCCAAUACUUAAAACGAUUCCAUCAAAAGCAAAACCUAGACACAUUUCAAUWCCAAGAAGGGUCUGUUGAAGGCASCCCGGGGGAGUGCAUCCAGCACCUCCUCAUCUACUGUGGGGUCAUCAACCCCUCCUGGUCAGAACUCCGGAACUUUGCUCGGUUCCUCAACUGUCAGCUGAAGGACUGUGAGGCCUCUGUGUUCUGCAACCCAGAUUUCACGGGAGACACACUGAGGGGCUUCAAGAACUUUGUGGUCACCUUCAUGAUCUUCAUGGCAAGAGACUUUGCAACUCCAACACUUCACACCUCUGACCAGAGCCCAGGGAAGCACACGGUCACCAUGGAUGGGGUUGAUGAAGAAGACCUUGCCCCCUUUACACUCCGAAGGAGGUGGGAGUCAGAGCCGCACCCAUAUGUGUUCUUCAAUGGCGACCGUGUGACAAUGACAUUCAUAGGCUUCCAUCUCCGGCCCAAUAACAAGGGUAGUGUCGAUGCCAUCAACCAUCUCAAUGGGAAGAUAAUCAAGAGAGAUGUCAUGACAGCAGAACUGUACAGGGGGCUGUCGCUGCAGAGGGUGCCCUUUAAUGUUGACUUUGAUAACCUGCCCAGACAUGAGAAACUCUUGAGGCUCUGCCUGGCACUGGGAAUCCCAUGGGCCCUGGACCCCGAUGAAACAUAUGAGCUUACMACAGACAACAUGCUCAAGAUCCUGGCCAUUGAGAUGCGGUUCCGCUGUGGGAUCCCAGUUAUCAUCAUGGGAGAAACAGGCUGUGGGAAAACCAGGCUCAUUAAAUUCCUUAGUGAUCUGCGGCGUUGUGGUGCCCAGGCUGAGACCAUGAAGCUGGUCAAGGUCCACGGAGGAACAACUGCAGCCAUGAUCCACUCCAAAGUCUGGGAAGCCGAGGAUACUGCCUUCUCCAAUAAGGACCAACACCAGUUGGACACCAUCUUGUUCUUUGAUGAAGCCAACACAACUGAGGCCAUAAGCUGUAUCAAGGAAGUCUUGUGUGACCAGACCGUGGAUGGCCAGCCCCUGGAGGAGGACUCAGGCUUGCACAUCAUAGCUGCCUGCAACCCUUACAGGAAGCACUCCGUCGGCUUGGCAGAAGAUUCCCCCAAAAUGCCCCUGAAGGCUCUGCACCCACUGCUGGAAGAUGGGUGCAUUGAAGACGAUCCGGCCCCCCACAAAAAAGUCGGCUUCAUAGGUAUUUCCAACUGGGCCCUCGACCCUGCCAAGAUGAACCGGGGCAUCUUUGUGUCCCGCGGCAGCCCCAGUGAGAAGGAGCUCAUAGAGAGUGCCAGGGGGAUCUGCUCUUCAGACAGCCUGGUGCAGGACAGGGUCCAAGGGUAYUUCGCUCCCUUUGCCAAAGCCUAUGAGAUGGUGUGCCAGAGGCAGGACAAGGAAUUCUUCGGGCUUCGCGACUACUACAGCCUCAUCAAGAUGGUCUUCGCCACCGCCAGAGCUUCUAACAGGAAGCCUUCCCCGCAGGAGAUUGCGCAGGCGGUCCUUCGGAACUUCAGUGGCAAAGAUGACAUCCCCGCUUUGGACAUCUUUACGGCCAGCUUACCUGCGGCCAGGUGCAUGGGAGAGGUCAGCACCCUGGAGCUCAUUAAGCAGAACAUUUGUUGGGGCUUGCAGAGGGGGGCACUUGGAGAGCUGGAAGAUGCUGAAUCCCGCUACUUGCUGGUGCUGACCAAAAACUACGUGGCCCUGCAGAUCCUGCAGCGAUCAUUCUUCAGUGAGGACCAGCAGCCCGAGAUCAUCUUUGGUUCCAGUUUUCCCCGGGACCAGGAGUACACCCAGAUCUGCAGAAACAUCAACCGGGUGAAGAUCUGCAUGGAGACGGGCAGGAUGGUGGUGCUGCUGAACCUGCAGCACCUCUACGAGAGCCUGUAUGACGCGCUCAACCAGUACUACGUCUACCUUGGGGGCCAGAAGUACGUGGACCUCGGGCUCGGCACCCAUCGCGUCAAGUGUCGGGUCCACCCCGACUUCCGCCUGAUCGUCAUCGAGGAGAAAAAUGUGGUGUACGAGCAGUUCCCUGUGCCCCUCAUUAACCGGCUGGAGAAGCACUACCUGGACCUCAGCUCGGUGCUGCAGGGGUGGCAGAAGGGCAUCGUGCAGGAGCUCACGCGGUGGGCAGAGCAGUUUGCUAAUGUAAAGGACCAUCAUCAGUUCAUGCCUGGGCACAAGUAUACCCCUGCUGAUGUCUUCAUCGGCUACCACUCCGACGCCUGUGCCUCCGUGGUGCUGCAGGCUGUGGAGAGGCAGGGCCCUGGGGACCCGUCCGAGGAGCUGUACCACAGGGUGUUCGAGGAGGCCAAGCUGAUCCUGCUGGACUGUGCCACGCCGGAUGCCAUGGUGCGGCUGAGCACCUCUGAGCUGGGCUCAUUUGCUGCACAGUUGCUGUCGCACGAAUACUGGUACAAGCAGCAGCACCACUCCUUUGCCRAUUUCCUCCAAGCCCACCUUCGCACCGCAGACCUGCAGCGCCAUGCCAUCUUCACAGAGAUCACCACCUUCUCCAGACUGCUGACGAGCCAUGACUGCGAGGCCCUAGGGGCAGAGGUGAAGGGCUUGGCCCCGAAGCCCGUGAUCCUGUCACUGCAGCAGUUCGACACUGAGUACUCRUUCCUCAAGGAAGUCCGAAGCAGCUUAGUGAAGACGGCCAGAUGUAAAAUCCUCAUCGUCCAGAUGGAUUUUGAUGACGGCGCUCACAGUGCUCAGCUUGUUGCGUCAGCUAAGUAUUCUGCCAUCAAUGAAGUCAACAAAACGCAAGGAACUCAGGGCUGUGUCUUCGUCUAUUUCAUCACAAAACUGUCCCGCAUGGGGAGCGGAGCAUCCUACGUGGGAUUCCAUGGAGGACUGUGGAGGUCUGUGCACAUCGAUGACCUCCGGAGGUCCACAGUCAUGGCCUCUGAUGUGACCAAGCUGCAGAGUUUCACCAUCAGCCAGCUGUUCAUGCCAGGAGGCAGCCCUGAGCCGAAAGGCAACCAGGAGGAGGUGAUGGAGGUAGAAACCAGCAAGUCAGGGGAGGUGACAGAAGAGGAAUUGGAAAGGGAAGGUCCUGAGGAGAUGGGGUGUGAGGCUGCGGAUCUGAGGGACAGUGAUGCACAGGUCCUGGACACCACCAGACUGCUGCGGAGCUGUGUGCAAAGUGCGGUGGGCAUGCUCCGGGACCAGGAGAGCUGCCCACGCAACGUGAGGAGAGUCACCGUCCUCCUCAGCCUCUUGAGCGGAGUCGGCAGGUGCAGUGCCGCGUUCUUGCGGAUAUCCAAGAAGCGCCUCUAUGUCCUUCUAAAGAAGCAAGAGGAGAACCAGCUCUGUAGUCUGAAGGAGUGGGUGGGGCGAGAGGCCGCGAACCAGGAUGCGCUCCAGGAGGCCGGCACCUUCAGGCACACCCUUUGGAAGCGAGUCCAAGGCAUGGUCACCCCUCUGCUGGCCAGCAUGGUCUCUUUCAUCGACAGAGACGGCAACCUGGAGCUUCUGAUCAGAGCACACUCCCCAGUCUGGGUCCAGGACCUGUGGAUGUUUAUUUUCCGUGACACUAAGUUCCUGAAUAUUCCGCUUGUGAUGAAUMACACAAGAUCCAAGAGUGAGCUGUCCUCCAUCGUGGUGCAGAACCAUAUGAGCCUUCCCGAGGGUGCUUGCAACAGUGUCCCCUUCAGCUGGAGAAUCAGGGACUAUCUGGACGAGCUCUGGGUCAAGGCCCAGUAUAUCACAGAUACAAAAGGACAAUCAGAGAAGUUAGUGGAAAUUUUCCAGCAGACUUCCCUGGGCAUGUUUCUUGCCCAACUUCCUGAAGAUCAGCAGCAAGAACUGGUUCAGUGCUACUCAAGGGACUUCCUGCUCUUGACCAUGAGAGUGUCCAACCAAGAGGAGCUGGAGUUUCUGCAGAUGGCCCUGUGGUCCUGCAUCUGUGAGCUGCGAGCAGCCUCAGGGAGGCCGGAGGACAGGCUCUGCUUGCCAUGGGUGCACCUGGCCUAUCAGCAUUUCAGGACGCGCCUGCACAACUUCUCCAGAAUCGUGACCACCCACCCGCAGGUUCUGCAGAGCCUCACUGAAGCGGCACAGAAGCAUGACAUCGUUGGCAGUGAAAUGACACUGGAUGUGUUGGCCGCCGUGGCCUGUGCUGAAAUGCUGACGGGAGACACCCUGAAGCCGAGUGCCCAGGCCUGGCUGCAGCUGGUGAGGAAGCUGGCCAUGCCGUUGGAGCUCGUGUGCUCCGACGGGUACUUACAAGGCAGUGGGAGCGUGGCCAGAGCUGUCRCUGCGGAGCUGAGGACCCAGUGGAAUCGGGUUUUUCCCCUUGCACUCUUUGUGGAGCACGUGCUCCUGGGGACUGAGAGCCAGAUUCCUGAGCUGUGCCAGCUGGUGACCAAGUACGUCUUCUCACUGGACAAGUGUCUUCAAGAGAACUCCAACCUCAAGACCCAGAGGCCUUUUAUGGCUGUGAUGACCACACUCUGUGAGUGCAAGGAGCAAGCCAGCAAGAGCCUGGCCAGGUUUGGAAUGCAGCCGUGCCCCAUCUGCCUGGGAGAUGCUCAGGACCCUGUGUGUCUGCCCUGUGACCAUGUGUACUGCCUGCCCUGCAUCAAGAGCUGGCUCGUCCCCGGGCAGAUGAUUUGCCCCUUCUGUUUAACCGACCUGCCUGACAAGUUCUCUGUGACAGUUUCCCAAGAGCACAGGGUGGCCAUUGGGAAACACGCCCAGUUCCGGCAGAUGUGCAACAGUUUCUUCAUGGACCUGAUUUCUACCAUGUGCUUCAAAGACAAUAACCCUCCUGAGAAGAACGUGAUUGAUGGGCUUCUGUCUCUACUCUUCGUGCAGAAGGAGCUCUUGAGAGAUGCUCCCCAACGACACCGGGAACACACCAAGUCUCUCUCGCCAUUUGACGAUGCCGUGGAUAAGACUCCCGUCAUUCGCUCCGUGGUGCUGAAGCUGCUCCUGAAGUACAGCUUCGAUGCAGUGAAAGAUUACAUCCAGGCCUACUUGUCCCUAUUAGAGAAGAAGGCAUUCAUCAUUAAAGAUAAGACUGAACCCUACAUGCUCUUCAUCAACUGCCUGGAGGAUUCAAUCCAGGAGAAGACCAGCGCUGACUGCACACAGAGUGAACUCCAGGGCCUGAGGGAGGAAGGCCGUUUCCUCCUGACCUGCUCCUCGGGGAGACGAGGCCAAGGACCUGCCACUGCGGCGUCUGUUGAGUACCUGCAGGAGGUGGCCAGGACCCGCCUGUGUCUUGACAGGGCUUCUGACCUCCUCUUGGAGCUUCAGGAGGGCUCAGAGCUGGCUGAGGAACAGCAGGGCUACCUGCGGCACGUCGAGCAGUUCUGCACCCGAGCGGGGAACGACUGGUACYGCGUGUACCUGGUCCGGAGGCUCGCGAGCCUGCGUGGGAUGGAGUUUGUGCAGAGCCUCUCCAGGCAGGGCCGUCAGUGCCAGUGGGUGUUUCCCAAGGGAGUCAUUGCACAGCAGAAGGACCACAYGGGCCAGAUGGACCGAUACCUGGUGCAUGGGGAUGAAUACAAGGCACUUCGUGACGCCGUGGGCAAAGCCAUGCUCAAGGGCAAGGCCCCCAGCCUYGAGGCUGCUCUGAAGGUCUGCAGGAGCCCUGGAGCUCGACAGGUGGUCUUCCUGCUGCUGGUGCUAUACCGAGAAGUGGCUGCUCUCCACUGCUCCCACAACAAGGACCUCCACCCUAAGCCAGAGCAGUGCAAGGCUGUGAGCCGGUUCAUUGAAGACAGCAGGGUCCUGUCUCCUCCGGGGGUCAGGCCUUUCGCAGCAUCCCUCGUGGACCACACUCUGCCCUUGCUGAGCACGGGCCCUGGUGUCGAGAGCCUUGAAGGAACAGUGACAGAAAUGGCUGUUCAUGCUGCAGCUGUCCUUCUGUGUGGACAGAGCGAAGUCUUGGCGCCUUUGAGGAACUUGGCCUUCUCCCCGGCCAGCAUGGCGAAUGCUUUUCUCCCAACGAUGCCUGAAGACCUGCUAGCUCAAGCCCAGAAGUGGAGGGGUCUGGAAGGUGUCCGCUGGUACAGUUGUCCCAACGGUCAUCCAUGCUCUGUCGGAGAGUGUGGCAUGCCGAUGGAGCAGGGCUCCUGUGUUGACUGCGGUGCUCUCAUCGGAGGUAUCGACCACAAACCUCACACCGGCUUCCUGAGCAUCAGAGCCAACACAGACAGAACCAGGACUGGCCAUGUGCUGGGCCACCCGCAGCACAGAGGUGUCGUAGUGGUGUCUGACCGAGAGCUGUCYCCCGUGGUCUUCAUCCUCAUCCGGCUACUCACUCAUUUGGCUAUGCUUUUGGGAGCCACCCAAAGUCCCAAGGCCCUGAUAAACAUCAUCAAGCCUCCAGUGAGGGACCCAAAAGGAUUCCUGCAGCAGCACAUCCAGAGAGACUUGAAGCAGUUAACAAAGACACUGGGGAAGAGUGCCGACGAGACCACCCACGUGGUCCACCUCAUCCUGCGCUGCCUUCUCAAAGAGCAGUGCUCACUCCCUGGCCAGAGGCAUUUAAAUUUUGAUGCAGAAUUAUCAACCAAAGAAUGGAGAAACAAUUGGGAAAAACAUGUUGCAUCUCUUCUUCUACCUGAACUGGAGCAUCUAGACAAGACCCUGCUGACUGUGAGCACGCUCAUCAGCCAGGAUGAACGUGUCAGCUCCAACCCCGUGGCCAAAAUCAUAUAUGGUGACCCAGCGAACUUCCUGCCCCGACUGCCCCAGAAAAAUGUGGUUCAUUGCUCAAAGAUUUGGAGCUGCAGGAAGAAGAUCACAGUCGAGUACCUCCAGCAUGUUGUGGAGCAGAAGAACGGCAAGGAGAUGGUGCCCAUGCUCUGGCAGUUCCUGCAGAAGGAGGCAGAACUGAGACUGGUGAAAUUCUUGCCUGAGAUUUUGGCCCUGCAAAGGGAUCUGGUGAAACAAUUCCAGAAUGUUCCAGAAGAUGAAUACAGUACCAUCAGGAGUUUUAUUAGCAGUCACAGUUCAGAUGGGCUGAGGCAGCUGUUYCACAACAGGAUCACCAUCUUCCUGUCCACGUGGAAUGCACUGAGGCGAUCACUGGAGACCAACGGUGAAAUCAAGUUACCCAAAGAGUACUGCAGCUCCGAUUUGGAUUUGGACACAGAUUUUGAGGUCGUCCUGCCCCGGCGUCAGGGCCUGGGUCUCUGCUCAACUGCGUUAGUCAGCUACUUGAUUAACCUACACAAUGAAAUCAUCCACACAGUGGAGAAGUUCUCCAGGGAAAACAACAGCUAUUCCGUGGAUGCCUCUGAGGUCACUGACCUGCAUGUCGUCAGCUACGAAGURGAGCGGGACCUGAUUCCACUGAUUCUCUCCAACUGCCAAUACCAAGUGGAACAAGGCGGGAAGACCUCUCAGGAGUUCGACCUGGAGAAGAUCCAGCAGCAGAUUAGCAGCCGCUUCCUCCAGGGCAAGCCCCUGCUGACCCUCAAGGGGAUACCCACGCUGGUGUACAGACAUGACUGGAACUUCGAACAUCUCUUCAUGGGCAUCAAGAACAAAAUGGCACAGAGCCCCCUCCCCAGCUCGGCCAUAGGUGCCAUCAGUGGACAACUGCAGUCCUACAGCGAUGCCUGUGAAGCCCUGUCUGUUGUAGAGAUCACUCUGGGCUUUCUAGGCACAGCUGGUGGGGAUCCAAAUAUGCAUCUGAAUGUGUAUGUCCAAGACAUCCUGCGAAUGGGUGACCAAAUGACUCCAAUUUUAAAGGCCUUAAGCAGGGGUCAGUUAAAACACGCUAUUGCCCUCUGGCAGUUCCUCUCUGCUCAUAAGUCGGAACAGCUGCUGCGACUGAAGAAAGAUCCUUUCCGGGAAAUCAGUCCUGUGUUCAAAGCCGACCUCAGCCCAGAAAGUGCUAAGCUCCUCAGCACCUUCCUGAAUCACACAGACCUGGAUGUUUUCCUCCUGGAGCUCCAUGAAAUGAUGGUGUUGAAACUAAGGAAAACCCAGACCCGGGACAGCUUCAACCCCGAGUGGAGCCUGAGGGACACUCUGGUGAGUUACAUAGAAACUAAAGACAGUGACGUUCUUCCAGAAGUGGAAUCCCAGUUCCCAGAAGAGAUCCUGCUGUCUAGCUGCGUGUCUGUGUGGAAAGCAGCAGCUGCACGGAAACAGGACCGGCAAGCAAGAUAGGACUGUCCACUCUGUUUCUGAAUACACUGCAGACAUGGCUCCCYCCCCUCUGGGGGCACCUGGGAGGAAAGUGUUGGCACAGCACUGAAGUCAAGGCCAGCACGUAGUGUGCCAGCUUACAGCUUUUUUUAAAGCCAAGCCAUUUCUGGAACAACUGCAGAUUCCAGAAUUCUUGUCUUAUAUAUGAAUACUGUUCAGUAAGUGGUGAGGAUGGCAAUUAUUUGGAAAUGGAAAUCACCUGCCACCCUGUGCAUUUGAAGAACAGAAAUGAAGGGGCACACCAGCAGAGACCUGUGUCGGGCCUGCAGCCUCUUCCUCCCACUGCCACACAGGCAGAACACAGGCAUGUUGGUCUUUUUUCUUCUCUAUUCUAUUCUGCACACAUAGAAGAGAAUCUGUUUUUCUUUUCUCUUCCAGUCCCUGAAAUUCUGCACACUGUGCCCAUAUUUCUUGGGUUCUAAGAUGUGAAAAAAGCACCACAUUCAUCUUCUAACACAAGGAAAGCCAGGGUGUCCACACUUGCCUUAAGACCACAUGAACAAACACCAACCAGACUGUGAGUCACUGCCAGAUUCCAAAAGGUCAGAGCCAACAAAUCUGUGACGAGCAUGGGAUUCAGGACAUUGCUAGGGUUUCGGUUUCCCCAUGAAUAAAAUGGAGUCUACUGUCAGUCAGAGCUCCUUCUGGUUUUUGUAUCUUGAGCUUAUAAAUGAAGUUCAUCAGAGGCAGCUCCUGGUGAUGCCAUGGGGAGGUUUUGGCUGUGGGUGUUGUACUAUGUAAGCAUGCAGUCUUGGUGCCAGGUCAGCUUCCCUGAGUAUGUGCAUUCCUUUCUUUCAGUCUCAACCAUACCAUAAAAACUGAGUCUCAGAGAGAGUACAAAACCAGUUCCGUUUCUGAAAAAGGGAAAAUACUUGCCCUGAUCUUGUGCUGCCUUUUUCAUUUUAAGUUUUGUCUCCUUUUGAAACCUCUGGAUGAAUUCCUGUUCCUCACAGCUCAGGGCCCAUUUGCAGCGGGAUCAGGAUACCAGCCAUCCACACCUUGGAGGCCCUGUCUUUCAUGUACAUUCCAGAUAAGUUAGGGAUCCAAUCAGGCCUAUACUUUUGAGCUACAGAAAUGCAAGAGGGGUGAAGGGCACACAGCUCAGUAGUGCUUGCCCCACGUUCACAAGGCACCUCCCUGUGCACACCUGCAAAGGCAGGCAUAGAAGCAACUGCAGUUCCUCUCCAUGAAUGAGCCCCCAUCGUCUGCAGAAGGAAGUGCAGUGACGGACCUUGGGGUAGUAGCUGCUUUCACAGAACAUGUGCUUGCAUUUAGUGAGCUGUGAACAUUCCACUUUCCCUCCCACCACAUCCCUGCCUAGCAGAACCAGAGCACUUGGCCUUGGGUGCCUGGGGGUCAGGGUGUAGUUUGCCAGGGCCAGCAGGUUCUCACUGCCACACCUUCACAGRUAGAAUCAGGUGUCAAGUCCUUGAUGUGAAGACCCUUUUUCUCCCUUUGACCUGGGCAUUUUUUUCUGUUAUGUUUUAUUUUAGAUGCUAUGCUUUCAAAGCCUUAACUGUCAUAUCUAGUAUGAUUUAUACAAAAAUACACUGGA